AUGUGUGAGGAAUCGUCACAUGAUGGUUGUACUGAGCAUCCUUCAGGUAUACUUGAAGUCAAUGAUAUUUGUUCAUUUUAUGUUUCCCAACAAAAAGUUUUUGAUGAUCUUGGUCGUGAUAUACUAAAACAUGCAUUUGAUGGUAAUAAAAAUUCCAAAACAAAAAAUUUACAUUCUUUAUUUUUCUUAGGUUUCAAUUGUUCAUUAUUUGCAUAUGGUCAAACAGGAUCUGGUAAAAGUUAUUCAAUGAUUGGUUAUGGUGUUAAUCGUGGAAUUAUAUCAAUAACAUGCGAUGAAUUAUUUCGGCAGAUUGAAAAUAAGAAAGAUACAAAUAUCCGUUUUGAAGUUACAUUAUCUAUGAUGGAAAUAUACAAUGAACAAGUUUUUGAUUUAUUAACAAAAAGAUUUCCUAAGGGAGGUCUUACUGUUCGACAACAUCCCAUUUCCAGUUAUUUCUAUCCACAAGAUCUUCGUGUUGUACCUGUGGCUACUUACAAUGAUAUUGAACGCCUUUUAAUUGAAGGUAUACGAAAUCGCACAAUAGCUUCAACAAAUAUGAAUAAAACAAGUAGUCGAGCACAUACAAUCGUUACAAUUCAUUUUGAUCAAAUAAUUCAAACUAAUCAUGGUGAAACAAAAAAAAUGAGUACUAUUCAUUUUGUAGAUUUAGCUGGUUCAGAAGGACUUUCAAGUUCAAGAAUAUCUGAUGAUCGAUUAAAUGAAAAUACAAAUAUUAAUCGAUCAUUAUUAACAUUAGGAAAUGUUGUAUCUGCAUUAGUUGGUAAAUCAUUAGGAAUAAAACAAAAAGUUGCUGUACCAUGUCAAGACUCAAUAUUAACGAAAUUACUUCAAAAUUCAUUUGGAGGAAAUAGUAAAACAAUAAUGAUUGCUACUAUAUCACCUGCUGAUGUUCAUUAUAAUGAAACAUUGAAUACACUUAUUUUUGCUGAUCGUGUUAAACGUAUUAAAAAUGUUGUUAUGAUUAAUGAAUAUCCAAUUGAAAAAUUAAUUCAUCAAUUAAAAGAAGAAAAUCAAUGUUUAACAUUAUUAAUUGAAACAGGAAAUUAUUAUUUACAAUUAAAUGUCAAGCAUGGUAUGACAGAUCAAGAUAUUGAAUUAAUAAGACAACAAACAGAAAAUGAAAUUCUUACACAAAUACAAAAUAACCAAAAGAUUUUACAAGAUUCAAAAAUAUCAUGGGAUAUUAAACUUAAAAAUGCUCGAGUAGAUGAUGAAAACUGCUGUUCGAAAUCAUUAAAAUCAACACAAUUCGAUGAUACAUUUCCAUAUCUUGCUAAUUUAAAUGAAGAUCCAAUGUUAUCAUAUGUUCUUUGCCAUUAUUUAAAUACAGAUGAAAUAACAAUUGGCCGUCGAGAUUGCACAAUAUAUUUGAAUGGUUUAAGUAUACUUGAACAUCAUGCUAUUAUACGACAUAUUGAUAUGAAUAAAUAUGAAUUAAGUCCAGCUGAAUCUACUGCAAACAUAAAAGUCAACGGUUAUAAUUUAAAUGGAACAAUAUAUCUUCAACAUAAAGAUUGUAUUUUAUUUGGUGCAAAUCAUCUAUAUGUUUUUUUAAAUCCAACAGACGAACAACAAUCUUUAUUAGAUACACCAACGAUAAUAACAUGGGAAUAUGCACAAAAAGAAAUAGCUAAAGCAAAGGGUUUUUCAUUAGAAAAUAAUUCAACGAUUGAACAAGAUGAUAUUCAACAAAAAAUCUUAAAUUUAUUACCAUUAAUUUCUGAAGUAAAUGCAAUUAGUGAAGAACUUAAUAAAUAUCGAAUAUUUGAAAUUAUUCUUAUGCCAAUAUCAUCAUGGGAUGGAAUACUAAUACAAGGAUCAAAAUUAUUGAUUAGAAUGAAAAAUCUUGUUAAUCGUAAUGUUUGGUUUUGGGAUGAUGUAAAGUUUCUUAAUCGAAUUUAUAUUAUUAAAGAACAUUAUCAAAAAUUCAUAGAUGGACAAGAAAAUAUUUUAUAUAUCGCUAAAGAAGAUGAUCCAUUUUGGGAACCAGUAGAAGAUGUUUUAAUUGGUACAGCUAACGUUUUUCUUCAAAGUUUAGUUCAUUCAAUGGAUUUUGAUGACGAAAUUUAUAUUAUUGAUUAUAAAGGUUUUGACCAAGGACGUCUUCAUAUUAAUCUAAGUCCAUGUUUACCAAAUGGUGAUAUUUUAAAUAAAGAACAUUUUAUUGAUCAUCCUGAUGAACUUCUUAAUAAACCAUUUAGUUUCAAAAUUACAAUAAAUUAUAUUGAAAUCAAUGAUGAACAUUAUAAUAAAGGUCUUCGUAUACGUUAUAAAAUCUUUAAUGAAUUAAAAUUUAAUGAAACUAAUGUUAUUUGUCGUCAGACACUAUAUGCUCGUAUAAAUCAAACGCGUAUUAUAACAAUACCUAAUGUUGAUAAUAAUUGGUUAAACUUUAUUGACAAUGGUUGUAUUAUAUUUCAAAUAUUUGCUUUACAAGAAGAAAAAAAAUCUUCAAUUGAUUUGUUUAAAAUGACAACUCGAGAAUUAAAAAUUACUGAACAAAAUCAAUAUGAUACUAUGUCAAAACAUGUUAAUCAUCCAAAUAUAAGUUUACUAGAUGAUUCAAAAUUAAAAGCAGGAUUAACACUUCUUCAUAGAAAAUAUAUGCGUCUUGAACAAAAAGAAAAACGUAUUCAACAAUUAUGUCGAGAAUGGGAAAAUCAUCAUGAUUAUUCUACAUUCUAUAAAUAUCUUUCAGCAAUUGCAUUUAGUACAGGAACUAAAUUAAAACCGACAAAUAUGACUGAGAAAAGCAAAGAAAAUCUCUUGGAAAUUUAUUUAUUUGGUAAAGAAGAACAAGAGUAUCUAAAGGAUAUUGAACAAAUUAAUUUAGAAAGACAAAAAUAUUGGAAUAUAUACUAUGAAAAAAUGGCAUCAAAACAAAAUCAUGUUUCAUUGUCAUAUCUUAUUAGUCUGCAACGAUCAAAAUUUUCCCCUAAUCAAAUAAAUAAUGUUAUACCUCAAUCAUUAUCCAUAACUCCUCAGUUGAAUCUUAAUGAUUCAUUGAUCCAUGACAAUACAUUAAGAUUGAAUCAAGAAGAAGAUCAUGUUAAUAAUGAUAAUAAUAAUUUAACUGAAGUUAGUUGGAAAAGAAUAAGAAAAUCUAAUAAAUAUCAUAAAAAUAAUGAUUCAAAUAAAAUAUUAUUAACUAAUGAACCGACUUCAACAACUUGUACAAUACAGUAG